GGCAACAUUUCUUCCGAUCGCUUUCCUUGUGACGCCGGCGAAUAAAAAAGGAAAGCGCUGCGGAGAUCAUCAGAAAUGUGGGUAUUUUACCUGAUAUCGUUACCCUUCACCAUCGGAAUGGUGGGUCUAACGUUUUGGUACUUCGCCGGACCAGACGUACCUCGUUACGUUCGUUACACCGUCGGUUACACCUGGUUCUGCUCUCUAUCUAUCAUCAUCCUUGUUCCCGCCGAUAUCUGGGCUACACUAUCCAAUCAUGAUAAGGGACAAAUAUCUUUCUUUUGGAGCUGGUCUUAUUGGAGUACAUUUUUACUCACUUGGGUUGUGGUGCCUAUACUUCAGGGUUAUGAAGAUGCAGGGGACUUCACUAUGACUGAAAGACUGAAGACUAGUGCACAUGCAAACUUAGUUUUCUACUUAUGCGUUGGUGCUAUCGGGCUUUUUGGACUUGUCUUGCUCAUUGUUGUUCAAGAAUACCGGAUAAGAAACAUUCCUGGUUUUGCCAUGGCUUGCUCCAAUACAUUUGGUCUAGUCACUGGUGCAUUUCUUCUUGGCUUUGGUCUAAGUGAAAUUCCAAAAGGCAUCUGGAGAUGUGCAGAUUGGACAACUCACCAAAAGAUUCUUUCACACAAGGUGGCCAAAAUGGCCGUCAAACUUGAUGAUGCUCAUCAGGAAUUUUCAAAUGCAAUAGUAGUUGCCCAAGCCACGUCAAAACAGAUGUCAAAGCGUGAUCCUUUGAGACCUUACAUGAAUGUCAUAGACAAGAUGCUGAGUCAGAUGCUUAGCGAAGACCCCUCUUUUAAACCCCAAGGUGGAAAUUUAGGAGAAAAUGAUAUGGAUUAUGACACUGAUGCAAAAACAAUGGCUGCACUUAGACGUCAACUCGAGAUAGCUCGAGAGAAAUACUACCGAUACAAAAGCGAGUAUAUGAAUUUUGUAACUCAAGCACUUGAGCUGGAAGAUACCAUAAAGAACUUUGAGCACCGUAGUGGCACUGGAUGGAAAUAUGUAUCAAGCUUCCGGCCUGAAAGAAGGGGAAGAUUAGGGUCUAUGCUGGACAUAACAGAGUUGAUUUGGCGUUGUGUAUUGGCAAAGCAACUUCAGAAAGUUUUGGCAAUCCUCUUAGGCUGUAUGUCGGCUUCUAUACUUCUUGCCGAGGCAACAAUUCUACCAAAUGGAGUUGAUUUAUCUCUCUUUUCUAUUCUGAUUAAUGCCAUGAAAGAGCACGAAAUGCUUGUACAGGUUGCUGCCUUUAUUCCUUUAAUGUAUAUGUGUAUGUGCACAUACUAUUCCUUGUUCAAAAUAGGAAUGUUGACAUUUUAUUCAUUGACUCCAAGACAAACAAGUUCAGUCAGUUUGCUUAUGAUAUGCUCGAUGGUUGCACGCUAUGCUCCUCCUAUUUCAUACAACUUUCUCAACCUUAUCCAUCUUGACAACGGCGCAAAGACUAUCUUUGAAAAGAGAAUGGGGAAUAUUGAUGAUGCAGUCCCAUUCUUUGGAAGAAGUUUCAAUAAAAUUUAUCCACUUAUUAUGGUCAUCUACACCUUAUUGAUUGCGAGCAACUUUUUUGAUCGAGUCCUUAGCUAUUUUGGGAACUGGAAAAUUUUCAAAUUCCUGAGUGAAGAGGCUGAUGAUUUGGAUGGAUUUGAUCCCUCAGGACUCAUUAUUCUGCAAAAAGAACGUUCUUGGCUUGAACAAGGACAUAAAGUUGGUGAACUUGUUGUUCCAUUGGCAAGGAAUUUCCAGAAUGCAAGUUUGGAUCUUGAAUCUGGCAGCAAUAAUAUGCUCCAUGGACCAAAAUCAUCGACAAGACUAAGGGAAGAAGAUAAUGUUAGCCAUUCAAAACCUCUAAAAGGAGAGUCACAACAUGAGAGCAGCAAAGAAGAGAUCAAUGGAAAGUACAAGGCAAAAAGAGCUAGACAGAUGAAGAGAGAAAAUAGCAUGAGCUCAAAUGGAAGGAACAGGGAACGCUCCUUGUCACGGGAUGAGAACUCCAUGAUGGAUUUGCAAAUUCAACCUUCUAGAGACUUAUCCUCGACUUGGAGAUCAAUGCAAACAGGUUUUCGCAACUUCAAGUCUAACAUGGAAUCGAAGGGAUUCAUCCCUUUACAUCAAGUUCAAGAUGCAGGACACAGUCGUGCUUCCUCAACUGAAUCCCUGGAUGAAAUAUUUGAUAAGAUAAAAAGACCAGCUUCAGAGUCCACAAACUAUGACAGUGAUGAUGAUGUGUAUGAAGGCUUGAAAAGACCAAGGCCAGGCAGAUAAUAUUAUGUAAAAAAAAAAAAGUGUCAGAGAGCAGCGGCAGCCUACAAAUUUUGUGUGAGAAUGAGGAUAUUGGUUGUAAAGUUUGUUCAAUAUUCUUUUCUCCAAAUAGUAGGUUUCUGCAACUGCAGAUCUUUUUGGCGUCUGUUUCGUUGUAACAGGUAGUAGCAUAGUCAUUUUUCAACCAUAUAUAUAUACGUAUAUAUAUACAGAAGAGCAUAUAAUCCUCAACUUGAAAACUUCAGAAGAGUUGGAAACUCAAGUUUCUGUAAUGUCUCA